ACGGCCACUGAUCCACUCCCCUCUGGGCAGAUGGACUGUUUUCAUUGUACAAGGAAAAAGAAAAUCCCCUUCAGAGGAGAGAGGGGGGCUUGAAGAGGACGGGGAGCCGAGUCCGAGUCCGAGUCCGAGUCCGAGAGUGAGUCGGGAGCGACGGAGCAGCACUGAGCCGACCACCGCCAUCCAUCAUUGCCUUUUCGGCUACCCGGAAACUAACUUACCGCAAGCUGUCUGUCUCUGCCUUUCUUCAGUUUCUUCUUCAGAUGCAUUUUCGGUGGUUCUUCGGAUUAUAUUUGGGUUCUCGAGAAGAGGUUUUGGUCGUGGGCUUCGAGUUCAAGCAAUUCAAGGAAGUCUCAUAGCUUUUGUUCUCAGCUAAGACUCGAACUCGAACUGAUGUACAUUCACAAAAAUGUUCCACACAUUACCUGCACCUUCAUCUAUGAUUUGGAAUGCAUCACGUAGUUGUUCUUGCAUGGGUCUUAUAGGGAACAAAAAGCUUCUUUUUUCAGUUCGAAGGCCAUGUAAUCGUGGAUUGAAGAUUCUAAAUAAGCAGCAGCAACUCUCAAGCUGGGCAGUGACGGGGACCUUCUUUUGUUCCAAUAAUAGGCAUAGACGGAAUUCAUCAUCUGUAAAGAAACAAGUACCACAGAAUGUGGAUCUUCCACAAGUACUACCAAAGAAAAAGAAAAAACCGUAUCCCAUUCCAUUAAAGAAGAUUCAACAGGCUGCAAGAAUGGACAAGAAGCUUGCUCAGAUGGGCAUAGAAAAGCCCCUAGAACCUCCCAAAAAUGGAUUACUUGUACCAGAAUUGAUUCCGGUGGUUCAUGAGGUACUCGAUGCCUGGAAACUUUUGAUCAAAGGCCUUGCACAGCUUUUGCACGUCAUCCCUGUGUAUGCUUGCAGUGAUUGUUCGGAGGUUCACGUGGCUGAGGCUGGUCACAACAUUCAAGACUGCCUCGGUACAGCUAAUGCAAAAAGGCGGAGUUUCCAUUCAUGGGUCAGAGGAUCCAUCAAUGAUGUACUAAUCCCAAUCGAAUCAUAUCAUAUGUAUGAUCCCUUUGGUUGGCGCAUCAAGCACGAGACUCGUUUCGACUAUGACCGGAUCCCUGCGGUUGUGGAGCUCUGCAUCCAGGCAGGGGCGGACAUACCUGAAUACCCCUCGCGACGAAGAACCAAACCCAUCAGGAUGAUUGGGAAGAAAGUGAUAGACCGUGGUGGGUUUGUGGAGGAGCUUAGGCCCUGGAAAUCAGCAGACUCAACCACAGUGGUCGACCUUGAUACACAUGAGGCUUCCAGGCGCCUCCCACCCCCUGCACUGUCAGAAGUCCCGAGGAUUUCACAGGAGACAGUCGAAGCGUAUGAGACUGUGCGAUCGGGUGUGAGGAAGCUGAUGCGGAAGUACACGGUGAAAGCCUGUGGGUACUGCUCAGAGGUCCAUGUGGGGCCAUGGGGACACAAUGCAAAGCUCUGUGGCGAGUUCAAGCAUCAGUGGAGAGAUGGGAAACAUGGGUGGCAGGACGCGACACCUGAUGAGGUCUUCCCACCGAACUAUGUGUGGCACGUGCGGGACCCCAAGGGGCCUCCGCUUAAGAGCUCCCUUAAGAAGUUCUACGGUAAGGCACCAGCAGUGAUUGAGGUUUGCAUGCAAGCAGGGGCAAGAAUCCCAGAUAAGUACAAGCCCAUGAUGAGGCUCGACAUCAUAGUUCCAGAGGAUGAAGAGGCACGCUUAGUUGCAUGAGGAAAGAACCAUUCUCUUAAUUGCUCAAGGAAAUAGACCGUUUGAAUUUCUGGGGUUCUACAAUCGUAAUUAUGAGAAGCAUGCAGACAUUGCAUUCAUCCUGAGUGUGGAUUCAUCAUAUUAUAUUUUGUCUCAACAAUGGAAAAGGAGCAGAACGAGUCGCAGGAGUUGAUCAUAAUUUUUAGUGUAUAGAAAUGGGAUCUUGUUUACAUUUAUUUCCGUAAUUCAUGAAGAUUGCCGAGC